UUCUCCUCUCUCUCCCUGCGUGUCCCCCCCUCCGAGCCAUUCGAUUCCUCUCCACCCCCACGCGAAUCGCCGCCAUUUCGCCGAUUCCGGCGGCCGUCUAGGGUUUCGCUGCGAGCUUCGCCGGCGGGAUACGGCGGUGGGCGCCUCUGCCGGCGUCGUACACGGCGGCCGGAGGAGUAGGAGGUGUGUCUCUCAGAGGAGGAGGAGGAGGUGGUGGUGGUUGCGGUGGCUGCGCCGCGGGUCUCCGGCGAGUGAGGUUUCGCGGAGGCCGCGGUGGCGCGGUGUUUGAUGAGGUGGUAGGAGGCAGUGUGGCCGUGGGGGGUGAAUAAGUGGCCGCGGCGGCGGAGGCGGACUGGCGGAGGCAACCAUGUAUUUCAGCAGGCUCGAUGACUCGCCCAUGUUCAGGAAGCAGAUACAAUCACUUGAAGAAGGUGCUGAAUUGCUGAGAGAGAGAUGUUUGAAGUUUCACAAAGGUUGCCGGAAAUACACGGAAGGUUUAGGGGAAGCAUAUGAUGGAGAUAUUGCAUUCGCAAGUUCACUUGAGUCAUUUGGUGGGGGUCAUAAUGAUCCCAUCAGUGUUGCCUUUGGAGGGCCUGUGAUGACCAAGUUUACAAUUGCCCUGAGAGAAAUUGGAACGUACAAGGAAGUAUUGCGCUCCCAGGUUGAGCAUAUGCUAAAUGACAAGUUGGUUCAGUUUGUGGACAUUGAUUUGCAUGAAAUGAAGGAUGCUCGGAAGCAUUUUGACAAGGCUAGCCUUCUUUAUGACCAGGCUCGUGAGAAGUACUUAUCCUUGAAGAAAGGUACAAGGACAGACGUAGCAACUGCAGUAGAGGAUGAGCUCCACAGCGCCAGAUCUUCAUUUGAGCAAGCUCGUUUCAACCUGGUAACUGCACUUUCAAAUAUCGAGGCAAAGAAAAGAUUUGAAUUUUUGGAGGCUGUUAGUGGGACAAUGGAUGCACAUCUUCGUUAUUUCAAACAAGGAUAUGAACUGCUACAUCAGAUGGAACCAUAUAUCAAUCAAGUUCUUGCUUAUGCUCAGCAAUCAAGAGAAAGGUCUAACUAUGAGCAAGCGGCUCUUAUUGAGAGGAUGCAAGAAUUCAAAAGGCAAAUUGAUCGGGAAAGUCGGUGGUCACCAAAUGGGAUAAAUGACUCCCCUAAUGGUGAUGGAAUACAAGCAAUCGGUAGAAGUUCACAUAAGAUGAUCGAUGCAGUGAUGCAAUCAGCUUCAAAGGGCAAGGUUCAGACCAUUCGGCAAGGCUAUCUCUCAAAGAGAUCUUCAAACUUGAGAGGUGACUGGAAAAGGAGGUUCUUUGUCCUCGAUAGUCGAGGAAUGUUAUACUAUUAUCGCAAGCAGAAUAGUAGACCAUCUAGUGGUUAUUCUAACCAAAGAAGUAGCACUCCUUCCGAACAUGGUUCUGGGUUGCUCAGCAGAUGGUUCUCUUCUCAUUAUCAUGGAGGCGUACAUGAUGAGAAAUCUGUUGCACGUCAUACUGUAAACUUGCUAACAUCAACCAUUAAAGUUGAUGCAGACCAAUCAGAUCUACGGUUCUGCUUCAGAAUAAUCUCUCCCACAAAGAACUACACAUUGCAGGCAGAGAGUACAAUGGAUCAGAUGGAUUGGAUUGAAAAAAUUACUGGCGUCAUUGCUUCUUUACUGAGCUCCCAAUCCCCAGAACGGCGUCUUCUGCUGAGCCCCAAGGGCAGUGGCCAUCAUCAAACUGCCAGUGAAAGUAGUUCUUUCAGUAGCUCAACAGAACUUGAACAUUCUAUAAGUGAAGAUUGCAUGCUGGAAAAGAACUCAGGAAGUGGUUAUUUUGAGCAUUCUGCUAGAGUUACACAGCAUCACCGAACCAGCAUGAAACCUGAUAAGCCAAUUGACUUGCUUAGGAAAGUGGUUGGCAAUAAUAUUUGUGCUGAUUGUGGUGCUGCAGAGCCUGAUUGGGCAUCCCUAAACCUCGGAGUUCUUCUAUGCAUAGAGUGUUCUGGGGUACACAGAAACCUUGGUGUGCAUAUAUCUAAGGUAAGAUCUCUGACACUUGAUGUCAGGGUUUGGGAGCCAUCCGUAAUCAAUCUCUUUCAGUCAUUAGGCAACACUUUUGCCAACACUGUCUGGGAAGAAAUGUUACCUUCAUCAAGCUGUGUUGACCAUGGUGAUAUUUCAAGAGCUGAUGGAUUAGAAAACGCAUCACAUAACCUUGUAGUCAGCAAGCCUAAACAAUCUGAUCCUAUUGCUGUGAAGGAGAAAUUUAUUCACGCCAAGUACGCUGAAAAGGAUUUUGUGCAAAAACAUAGUAUGGAUGAGAAUCAGCUAGCACAACAGAUGUGGGAUAAUGUAUGUUCAAACAAUAAGAAGGGGGUGUACAGUCUGAUUGUGGGGUCAAAUGCGGAUGUAAAUUUUACUUAUGGGCAGACAUCAUUUAAUUCGGCUCUGACUCUUGGAAAAGCACUGCUUCUACAAGAGCAACCAGCUCUGCCAUCAGAUGGAAGUUCUAGAUGUUUUGAUGUCGAUUCGCUUGAGAAGAUUUCUCCUGCUGACACAAGGGCACGCAUAGACGAGUUGGAUGACUGUGUUGAGGGAUUAUCUUUGCUUCAUCUAGCAUGCCGCGUUGCGGAUGUGGGCAUGGUUGAGCUACUCAUGCAGUAUGGUGCCAAUGUAAACUCUACAGAUUCAAGAGGUCGAACACCACUUCAUCACAGCAUUAUGAAAGGAAAGCAUGCGUACGCCAAGCUGCUGCUUUCCAGGGGGGCUGAUUCGCAAGCCACAGACCAAGAUGGUAGAACAGCAUUACAGUAUGCAAUUGACAGUGGAACUAUAGACGAUGAAGAGAUUCUUGUUUUGUUAGGACCCAGGUAGGUGAUCCAGUAGCUAGUCAGAUAAUCAGAUCUUCAGUUUAGCGAUAGCAUGUGCCCCUCCUGCUGCAGUCAACCAGCACAGCUCCAAGUAUGUCUUAGCCGAUGAUCUCGGUUCGUUUCCAAGAGAGAGAGAGAGAGAAGGUUUUCUGGAGCUGCAAUGUGGCUCCUCGGUUUAGAUUAAGUGAUCCCUAUUUAUCGUGAUUGCAGUUUGCAAGCUUUUGGAUUUUGUUUGCUGAUGAUGCGCUGUAAGUUUGUACAUUGGGAAGUGACUGCUGUUCUUAUGACAGAUGUAUAUAUAGCGAUGUAUCAUCAUAAUUUAUGGAAGCAUUAGAUUGGUGAGAAA